GAUGGGUGAUACAGGUUGAUUGCCUUCCCUAUGAUGGGUAAGGUAAACUUUGGGACGGAUGCAUACGUCCUCAGUAACUUUUCCACAAACAAACCAGAAGGCUCAUUUCUUCUAAGACAUGAAGGAUUGGUGGAGUUUCACUUUUUUGGCAAAAAAGAUGAGAGAGAACAAGUGAGAACCCUAAUGGAGAAAGCUGUUAAGAGUGGCCGAAUAAAGGGUUACAGAGUAGAACCAAAUUAUUUUCACUUUGAAGUAGAGCCUUCACUAAGGAUCCAACACCUGAAGGCUUCAGAGAAGUUACCAGUUAUUGUAGGAAGUCAGCUGACUCUGGAGUGUAUCAUUACUGGAUCAAGUAGGAUGGAAGUCAAGUGGUACAAGGAUGGCUUUCCUAUAAACAAACGUACUUCCCACCAGAGAAUGUGGACAGCUUUUGUACCUAAGAACUCCCAAGACCAAUUUACUUAUUUACUUGGAUUUGAUAGAACUGAUAUACUAGAUGCAGGGGUUUUCACGUGUGAAGUCGUGGAAUGGGGCAACGUGGAUAAAAAACAAAUACAAAUUUACACCAGAGCUCCACCACAACCAAAGCUCACACCUUUGACUGCCACUGUAAAAGAAGAUGACAGAAUAGAACUCUAUUGUCUAUUACAGGAAGAUGCCUCUGAAAAAUUUGGUUACACCUGGUUAAAAAAUGGUGAAAUAUUAAAUCCUUCUAAAGAGCCAGAGAUCAUAGAAGACUUGUUUCGAACUGGGAGUCGUAUGGUUAUUACUUCCAUCAAAUCAUCAGCUACAUAUACCUGCAUUGUUACAAGCUCUGCUGGAAGAACAAGCAGGAAUAGCAUUAUCACUGUUCUAAAAUUUAAUCAAAAUAUUGCUGUCUGCCCAAUGCAACAUUUUAAAGGCUUGAUAUGGAACUUAACAGCUGCAAAUUCGCUUCAUAAGCUUUACUGCCCAAAAGGAUUCAAAGGAACUGUAAGUCGGUAUUGUAAUGCAAGACAAAAUCUAGCAGAAUGGGAAGACCCAGAUUUCUCAGGUUGCUUGGCAAAAGAUUUUAUAGAAAUCAGAAAUAGAUUUAGAACUUUGGAGAUUGGUUAUAUCCAGAACAAUCUUUCUUUUAUCUUGGCUGAACUAAACCAGUAUUUACAAAGAAGAGCUGAGAGAAUGUAUCCAGGUGAAGGAGAACCUGUGGUUGACCUCUUGAAGGAUAUUGAUACAUUUUUACACAAACAAUUUGUUCAUAAGGGCCACAUUGAUGAUGAUACAGAGCUGAUACUGGACAUUGUUUCUCGUCUACUGACAUAUCCGCACCUGAUUCAGAAACAGUCAAGGCUUUCCAAGAUUCAUCAGCUAGUCUUAAAUCGUGGUUUGAUGACACCUGGUGAUGUGCAACUUUUUCAUAGAGAUACCUUGGUUCUUGAGAAGAAACAAGUGGUAGGGGGCGGUGUGCACAUUCUUUCAUUUCCCAAUCUUGCAGCACCAAAUGUGGAUUUAACUCGGGAAGGUGGCUGGAGGUCUAAGUGGUUAAAAGACAAGUUGAACUUAACUGUUGACUUUGUUCAGUUUCUGCCAGUGAGAGAAAAUGUAACCAUAGCCACUGUUUUCUACAGAAACUUGUCAUUAUUUUUACCUCCAAGAAUCCUAGCCAAAAGAGAAUCAGAAGACCUGGGGGUACAUCAGCUUUAUUCACGAGUAGUGGGCAUAGCUAUGAUGGUGGGAAGGAAUAUCACUAAGCUCAAAGAUGGUGCUGUAAAAAUAAGAUUAAGUUUACAGCCUAACGAGGAAACUGUGGACUCGGCUCAUAUCCUGACAUGUGGACGUAUUGAUUAUUCACAAGAAACAUUUCAGUAUUUCCUUGAUGGCUGUCAUCGGGUUAGCAUAGGAAAGCAGGUGGUGUGUCUUUGUGAUCAGAUUGGAACUUUCACCUUGUUGCUUUCAUCAGCUCCAACAAUGGCUAAAGAAGACAUUCAACAAGGAUUUAAAACAGUAACUGGAACUGGUUGUGUAAUCUGUAUCUCAUUUUUGUGCCUCACUCUUUUAGUACUUGUAUUAUCUUGGAGGAAUAUCAGUGGUGCUAUUACUGCACUUAAAAUACAGUUUACAUCCACAGUGAUUGGAUUUUAUAUAAUAUUUCUUAGAAACUUGUGUGGAUCUCUGUCACAGGAGUACUACCCCCAUCUUGUUUCAUUGUUGGCCUUUUUGCUCUUGGGUGCCUUUUGUACACUGUUGUGUGUAGUUCUUACAGUUUAUGUAGAGUUUGUAAACUUGCAAACUAUCCAUCAUCUUGAACUCAAGAUUGUGGCUAUGGGAUGGGCUGUUCCAGUUAUUGUUCUUGGGGCAACUUUGGCUGCCCAGGUUCCAGAUGGUUUUGAGUUUGAAAGCUGGUGGCUGAUAAAAGGAACAAAAUUCUUUUAUGCUUUCCUGUCUUCAGGAAGCAUUGUUAUAGCACUGUAUAUCAUGAUGUAUGUAACUGUGAAAACCGAAUUAAGGGAACAUGAAAAAUUUGAUUCUACAAUUUUGAAAAAAGUACUUAACAGGAAAAGGCUGGUCAAUUGCUCCCUCUGUGUUCUCGUUGCCUUAAUUGCGGGAUUAGUCAUCUUUAUUGUUUUUAUUGCAUAUGCAGAAAAUAUUCGAAAUAUCACCAUGUCUCUAACAACUCGAUUUCACUGUCCUCUAGAGGAAAUCAUCCACGCUUUGUCGCUAAUUGCCUACACCAUCUGGCUGAGUCCUUCUCUGGUGACUAUCAUCUAUUUCCUGUGGUGA